AUGCGAUCCACGCCAGAAACCCCCGAAUCUUCUCGACCGCUUGCGGAUUACUUCUGGAUUGCCGGGCUCGACGGCCAACAACUGGCAGACGCCAUCUCUCAACCCCGAUGGUCUUAUGAUCAGAUUGACACCAAUGGCGUCGACUUUUCCAUCAAAGAAGAGGCAUCUGUUGAUGAUGAGCAGUCGUCCAUCCUUCAGUCUCCUCGAGCCUCGGUUGGCCAUUCCAGACAUGACUCCUACCAGAGAUUGUCGCAGCUCUCCGACGAGGCGAAGGAGACCAUUCAGAGUCUUGAAGACGCAACGAAGCCACGCAGUAACCGGAGUAGUCUCACCAUUCGGGCGGCUGCUCCGACUGCCUCGGAUCCUCGAAUGUCCUCGUUGAUAACAGAAGCCGACUUCGAGAAGGCCAUGACCAAGUUCGCCACUGACCGAGAUGCUUUCUAUUUGGACUUGACAUUUCAGCCCAAUGAAUCGUCCAAGCCGGCUCGAUCCAAGUCGCGACCGAAGACACAGAAAAUCAUUGCUGAAGAUGAGCCUACCCCGGUUCCCAAUCGCAAUUUUGGAAGUAUCCGCAGACACCUUUCUUUCAAAGACAUGUCCAGCACAAAACGUCAACCGUCCAUGGCCCGACGGACAUCGACGCGCACCUCUCGAAGGAUGAGCAGUUACAACUCAGUCAUCCCCAGCCCAGAGACAUUCCAUAGCUCUCCUGACCAGUAUCCUCUGAUGCGAAAAUUCGAACCCGUAUUGCUGGAAAGAUAUCCUCGACCAAGCUCUUUCGAAAAGUCUCAGAGCAGAGCACCGUUUCCAGACUAUGUGCCCAUGUUUGCUUUCCCUGGUGACAUCAAGAUUGUGGCCGCUGAGACCAGACCGCGGUCAACUUGGCACGAAUUCUCCAUGACAGCAGCAGAUAACUCGAGACUUACGGCGGUCACAGUCAUAAUAUGGAUCCCCGUGAAUCGCGAUGUUGCCGUCGAUCUGGAAAAGAAGUGUGAACAAUGGCGAAAAGCUCACAUGUCGGAGGCGGAGAGAGAAUUGGCCACUUCACUUGCAGAGAGGUUGACGGCAGAAAGUGCGAAAUUGUCUAGGUUACUAACACAAUUGCCCCAACUCUCACCAGAUUCAGCAGAGAGAGAGGCUUUGGAGGAUGAAAUCAGCGCGGUGGAAGAGAAGAUUGCUGUUAUGUCUGACAUGCUCAGGCCCCUGCGACACAGUUCAGAAUCGGAUAUUCAAGGACUUGCGGGUGGCGAAACUCGCUUCUGGAUUCCAAGAGCUUAUGGUAUCUUGGGUAGGGACAAGUCCAUGGCAAACUUCUGGCGGCAAUGGCUUCGAGCGGUCGUCGUUCCUAUGACCGAUGGAGGGGUCUUGCGAGUGCCGGCUAGCUCGCCGAAAGUCGGCAUGUGGCAGCCAUUGGAAAGAUACGUUGCUGCUCUGUGCAUCGAAGCACCCUCUCCGGUGUCGUCCAAAACUCAGGUCCAAAUUUCGAUACGAGAACUUCAACUGUAUGCAAAAAAAGAGGCGGCAAAUGAGCUCCCCGGAAGUAGGACGACCGAUCUGUAUCCGCUAUUCCGAGCUCUUACCAUUCCGAACAUUAUCCUUCUUCUGGAGUACGUCUUAUCCGAGUCCCGGGUCAUUCUCCUUUCAACCCACGUCUCCAUGCUACAGUUAGUAAGCAAAGCCAUCCUGGAACUCAUCUGGCCCUUCGAAUGGACAGGAAUCUACAUACCGGUGUUGCCAUCACGUUUGGUUCAAGCAUUGGAUGCGCCUUGUCCUUACAUUUGCGGCAUCGAUCGCAAAUAUGAAAAGUACGACCUACCUGACGACGAUUAUGUUUUGGUCGAUUUGGAUAAGAACGAAUUGUAUAGUACGGCACCGCCGCCUUUCCUACCGAAACAACAGCGGAGAAAGUUGAUGUCUCUGCUUUACCAAGCUGCACCGCUUCACCAAAGCUUCGGAGUGACUCCGGGGCCUCCUGCUUAUGCGGUGGACACAUAUCCGUAUGAUGGCUUUUCUGCAGAGCUCGAGUCUACCUUUACCGCAGUCGCCAAAUCCACAAAUCUAGAUAAACUCGCGAGCCUCAGCUCUACGAUAUUCGGCCCGCAGGCCGCAACUGACACCAUUCGACGGUCUCCACUGCUGAACGUUUUCCUCGCUGCUACACCAACCAGAGGAAAGAGCUCUGAUCGUCCCAGAACGUCAUCGACCGCCAGACACUCCACGUACACUGAUUCCGACAGUCAAUCUCCCGUUAACCCCAACUUCCCUGUGACGCCUGGUUCUGGACCGUCACGAACCGAUUCGGGGUAUGCUCUUCAGACUUCUCUCAAGGAAAAGAGAUCCGGUCACUUCGAUUCAGUGUCGAAAAGAAGUUUCUCUGGGUCUAGUCAUAUGAUUCGAAAAGCAAGCCUUCCAUUCGUGAAACACAGUGCGAGUCCAUCUUCGAGCACUACACUAUCGGACAAUCGAAAUGGGUCUAUGUAUGCACCCUCCACUUACGCGCAGUCGACCCUGGCAGCCUCUACAAUUAUGCCUGGAGUGAACACACUGCAUAUGCGGACUGGUGAAGUCUGCUCUGCAGCUUUCUACCCAGAUCAGAUUCGUGCCGCCUUUGCGAGAUGCAUGGCCAGCUUGUUAUACACUUACCGGAAAUUUUUGCAGCCUGCACCUCCACAGAAAAAGAAGCUUGGGGCUAUCUACUCCUUUGACAGUGACGCUUUCAUGAGAAGUUUGACCCCUGACCAUGCCGCCUACAUGGGCAUGCUGCAACAGACUCAAGCUUGGAAUGAGUUCAUCAUGGACCGCGAAGAGAAAUCAUCAACUCCUUCGAUAGCCCUGUUCGACGCCAUCAUCAUGGCAAAACGUCGGCGCGCCGGCUUACGGUCGAGCAUUCCCAGUCUCAGUCUCAACAGAAAAAGCUUUAUGGCAUGGUCACCUCAUGUAGGCAUGAACACUGACUUACUUUCAGAUGCAUCUCAGCAUCAAUGGAGGAUAGUGGCAGUACCGGCUAGCGUUGAUCGGCCAGAGCUAGGCGCUGCAUCAAAGGGACGUGAUUAUCAUACCAUUGUCACCCGAACCCCUGCGAAGCUGGAAGAAGGUUUAUUCAAGCAAGAUGAGAAGGUCCCGAGCUUGCCUACGAUUCCCAAGAGAUCCAGAAUCAGCAUGUUGACCAGUAAAAUGAACGGUCUUGGCAUGCACGCCCCGUGA